AUGGGUCAAAAAAACUCUCGUACUUCGAAACUUUAUGAAAAACGCUCGUCCUCCAGAGUAAAAAACUUUGAAAAAAAUGAAACCAAGAAAGGAAAUAAUGAAUUAAUAAAAAUUACGGCAAAAGACGAUGAUUAUGUUAUAACAAGUGCUGACUUGGGCAGAGAUCUUUUAGAUAAGUUUUCUGAAAAUUUUGGAGCUGACCCAAAAAAUAAAUUGGCGUCAAAUGCAAUUUCUGGAAAUGAUAUGACCAAAGUGUUAUUAAAUCGUUCGAUUACCAUCGAUAAUAUUCAUGUAUUUUCUGAGAAAAUUGAAUUAGAAGGGAAAGCAACUAAUCAAAGAUCAUCAGGACGUUGUUGGUUGUUCGCUGCCACCAAUGUAUUACGAUUAAUUGUUAUGAAAAAGUAUAAAUUGAAAGAUUUCGAAUUAUCACAAUCUUACUUGUUCUUUUAUGAUAAACUAGAAAAAUCAAAUUUUUUCUUGGAAAAUAUGAUUAAGCUUUCAGAUCUUGAAAUUGAUGAUCGCUUAAUUCAAUAUAUGGUCCACGAGCCAGUAAACGAUGGUGGUCAAUGGGAUAUGGUAGUCAAUCUUUUAGAAAAAUACGGAGUUGUCCCCAAAUCCGUAUACACAGAAAGUUUUAAUUCAUCCAAUACAUCUAAAUUAAAUUGGUUAGUGAUAACUAAACUUCAAGAAUUUGCUCAUAAAUUACGUAAAUUACACUCUGCUGGAAAUAGUAUUUCUGUGUUACGAACUGCAAAGGCUAAAAUGAUGGAAGAAAUUUAUCGUAUUUUGGCAAUUUCUCUUGGUGAACCACCUAAAGAGGUUGAAGCCCAAAAAGCAACAGAAACAUUGUCUCUCGUUAAUGAUCCUCGUAAUGAAUAUUUUAAACUUUAUACUGUCGAAUAUCUCGGUAAUAUCCAAGGAGGUUUUCCGGUUCGUUACGUUAACAUUCCGAUUGGUGAAAUGAAAAAUUUGGCAAUUCAAGCAUUACGUUCAGGCAAACCAGUGUGGUUUGGCGCUGAUUUUCAUUUGACCAAAGCUCAAAGAUUGCAAUAUGGACAAAGUUCAAUGACACACGCUAUGGUAUUCACUGGUGUUCAUCUUGAAAAUGGGGAAUCAAUUCGUUGGAGAGUCGAAAAUUCUUGGGGUGAAGAUCUUGGUGAAAAAGGUUAUUUCGUUAUGAAUGAUGACUGGUUUAGCGAAUGGGUUUAUCAAAUAGUUCUAGAGAAAAAAGAUGUUCCCAAGGAGUAUGUAGCAAUUUUGGAUCAAAAACCAAACGUUCUAUCUGCGUGGGAUCCAAUGGGAUCUCUUGCUAUUUAA